AUAGUUUGGUUUAGCCAAUAAGUUGGUAACUUGGUUGUUUGAUGCACUUGUGAAUUUAAGAGAGGGAGUUAAAAGCAGAGUGAAUAGUGUAUUACUUACGUAUGAAGGAAUCAUAGUAUGCAGCGGUAGUGCACAAUCAAAAGUGCAAAAGUGCAUUGAGAUAUUUGAAGAUUUAUAAUUGUGACUUAUUUCGUGAAAUAUUUUUUAUGAUAAAAUUUUUUUUCAUGCGACAUAAGAAGUUUUAUUAAUUUUGCUUUAUAAUUUAUAACUGAUGAUAUGGCAGAAGCACAUUCAGCUGUAGCAUUUAGUUUUUCUAUUACUCAUGAGGGAUGGGAUGUUAAUUUUGAUAGAGAAGUUUUACAUUUAGUAUGGCAAUCAGGUAUCCGUUCUUGGAAGAAAAGAUUUUUUAGAUUUGUUAACAAUUUAAGAAGUGGUGUAUAUCCUGCUUCUUUAGAAAGUUUAUGGUUUACUAUAGCUGUAGUGACUGCUAUACAUUUUGCUGGUUUUAAGGUACCUUAUGAUCUUGUUGAAAAAGCUGCACCGUAUCUUUCAGCAUCUUCAGUAUUGGCUCAUUUAGCAGGAUCUUUUAUAAUUGGAUUGCUUUUAUGGUUGAUAGUAAUAUAUGUAAUUCGAUAUACUUUUAAAUUAUUACUUAUGUACAAGGGAUGGAUGUAUGAAUCAAGAGAAAAAGGAUGUAGUGCAUCGAGGAUCACUAAAAUGUGGACCACAUUAGUGAAAUUGUUUUUUGGGUGGCAUAAACCAAUGCUUUAUAGUUUUCAAGGAUCAUUGCCAAGGCUACCAUUACCCUCAGUAGUAGAUACAAUGAAGCGGUACCUACGAAGUGUUCGACCAUUGCUCGAUGAUGAAAAUUAUGCUCGAAUGGAGACAUUAGCUAAUGAAUUUCAAAAAGGAAUUGGUGUAAAACUUCAGCGAUAUUUAAUUUUAAAGUCUUGGUGGGCUACUAAUUAUGUAUCUGAUUGGUGGGAAGAAUAUGUGUAUUUACGUGGACGAUCUCCUAUUAUGGUUAAUUCAAAUUUUUAUGGUAUCGAUGCUAUUCUUAUGUAUCCUACUAAUGUACAAGUUGCCCGUGCUGCAAGUGUUAUUUAUUCGUGUCUACAGUAUCGACGGCUCAUUGAACGGCAAGAAUUAGAACCGAUAUUAAUUCAAGGAUUGGUGCCUCUUUGUUCAUGGCAAUAUGAAAGAGUAUUUAAUACUACAAGAAUACCAGGACGUGAAACAGAUAAAAUUAUACAUUAUCAAGAUUCUAAACAUAUUGUUGUAUAUCAUAAGGGAAAAUAUUUUAAAGUUCCUAUUUAUCAUAAAAAUCGAAUUCUUCAACCUUCUGAAAUUGAAAUACAAAUGCAACAAAUUUUAAAUGAUAAAUCAAUACCAUCAGAUGGUGAAGAAAAAUUGGCUGCUUUAACAGCUAGUGAAAGAACUGCAUGGGCAAGAGUUAGAGAAGAAUUUUUCUCAAAGGGAACAAAUAAAACAUCAUUAGAUCUUAUUGAAAAAGCUGCAUUUAUAGUUGUAUUGGAUGAUAUACCAUAUAUAUAUGAUCCAGAAGAUCCAGAUAAAUUAGAUGAAUAUGGUCGAAUUUUAUUGCAUGGCAAAGGAUAUGAUAGAUGGUUUGAUAAAUCGUUCACUCUGUGUAUAGGUAACAAUGGCAGAGUAAGUAAUUAUCUAAAAAAUAAUUUGAAAGUAAUAUAAAAUAAUUUAUAACAUAAUAUAAUU